AUGCCUUUAUUAAGUAUGCUAUUUUUUUCAUCAAAACAAGAAGAUCAACAAAAGAUAUCAACAAACCCUGUAAAUAAAAAUAAUGGUAAUAAUUAUUCCAAAGCUUUUUUAACAAAAUUAAAUCCUUGUUUUAAAGUUGACUAA